AUGGUGGAGGGCCACGAUAACCAGCUCUUCGAGAUGGAGAAGGAUUAUGAGGCUAAACUUGCACGCAUGAAAGAGGAACUAGAACUAAAGCAACGUGUUGAGGUCAUCAAGAUCGAAAAGGAGUUCGCUGAGCUCAGCGAAAAGUACGACAAAGUUGUACUGGAUCGCAAGGAUCUCAAGAACAAGUUCGACAAACUGACCAACGAAGUCAAAAAACAUGCGGAAAUGUACAACGUAGUCCUCUCACGCAAGCUGGAAACAGAGCUUGAACAGCUGGAACAGAAAGAGGCACAGUUGCAUCAGCUUAUGCAGAACUCUGCUCUGGAGCCCAAACUGGUGGAGGAGAUCAAAGGGAAGGUGAAAGAGUCGAUCGAGAACAAAAACCUCACCAUUAAGAACCUGAAGUACAGCAUCCACCAUGCAACCAAGGCCUACAACGACGCCAUUCGAGUCUACGAAGCCAAGCUGGUGCAGUUCGGCAUCCCUGCCGAGGAGCUCGGCUUCCAACCACUGCAGACCAUCACCAGCACGAUGCCAGCAGGCCUCGUCUCCAGCUGA